AUGUCAUCCACUUCUGACGAUAUCUCGCGCCCACCCUAUUCGGCCACUUCCACUGACCAGAGUAUGCUACCCAGCUCUCCAGAUUAUUCGGCUUAUGAUUGGAGCGCUCUAUUGGAUAAUGGCUACCUUCUUUGCGUUGAUGGAGUUUCCUAUCGCACUCUAACGGAUGUUUCCUGCCGAUCUCCUAAACGGGUGGAAAUACUCGGAGAUCUUUUCGUGCAGAAAGAGCAUUACGACCUCGAGAAACUCAGAGAAUUUCUGAAGACCGACUCUAUCACCGAUGUGACAUUUAUGCGCUGGACGGCCACACCACUCCUUACACUGUUCGAGGUCAUAUUGUUGCAUCAGAUCAAAAUUCUCAGAAUCGUCGGCGGGACAUACGACAUACGUGCGCUUUGCUGUAUACUUUUAACCUUCUCCGAGCUUCAUACCUUUCAUGUGAAGCGGGUGCGCGUUGAACCCGCAGCAACUACGCAGCGUUCUAAAUCGUCGAAUGCGGAUGCCGACUCUUUCCACACGUUAACUCUGGCAGGCGGACGGGCUACAGCGUUUUGCGAAUGGUUGUCGCCGCCUCUUUCGAACUCCGGUGUGAAGGCCCUCGGCAUUGCGUGGCGGCCCCCUCGCGCGAUGACGCUCCUCGACGUCUCCUUCGAAGAGCUGGUGCGGGAAGCCUCCGAGAAGUUAUCGAGCCUGGCUUUGAUCGUGGAUUACUAUGUCGACCCAUCACAGUUGCAACUUCCCUACGACUCGUCCACCGACGUCAGCUUCAAAGUGUACACAUUGCUAGACAUCGACUAUAGUAUCCGCCCAUACGAGUGCAUGCAAUGGGUCGACAGAUUUCUUGAGUCGGUUCCCCGUACUGUGGAGAAGAUUGCACUGGGUCUAGUCUGCUCGAGCGCAGGAGACUUCUCGCCGAAACUUGUGUGGCCCACGAUUGACGGCAAUCUGCUAAGACUGAAGACAGUGAAUCCCAACCUCUCCGUCGAUUUUCAGGUUGCACUACUAGAGAUCCCUCCGCCGCAAGAGCGCUCCGAAGAAGAGGUUUUGCGCGAGUGGUGCACGAGCGUCGCAACGGUGUUUAAAGACAGCUUACCCGAAUUCCUGGGGUUUGCAGAGGCGGGGUUGUCAUUACAGCGGUUUUGA